AUGUUCGGAACAGCAACCGCCACGACAUGCACCGGCACAUCAGUCCGAUGGCAACCACUCCUUCCGCCGCUCCGCCGCCGCCUCCGCCCUGUAAUCGUCAGUUUCAAAAACAACAACAACAGUAACAAUAAACCAAACGAUAUGGAUAGGGUUUUGAAAGAAGCGUGGCGAAAGGCUAACGAUAAGUUCGAGCUUUUUCUCUUCGAAGCUAAGAAAACCGCCGAACGCAUAGACCGUCGUUACGCUGUUUCUCAACGGAUUUCUUCGGUUGCUUCCGCUGCUGCUGAUAGAGCGCGUGAAAUUGAUAGGGAUUUUGAAAUUGGUGUCAAAUACAGGAAUUUCACUUCCGAUUUUGCCCUUAACUGGCCUAAGUAUAGAGCUCAGAUUAGUAAAUUUUUGGAUAGUCCGGUUGGAAAAAGCUUCACGACACUUUUCGUCAUCUGGUUUGCAUUUUCUGGCUGGCUUUUUCGGUUCCUGAUAAUUGCAACAUGGGUACUUCCAUUUGCUGGACCUCUUCUGCUUGGAUCAUUGGCCAACAGCUUAGUUAUUAAGGGCUCUUGUCCAGCUUGCAAGACGCAGUUUGCAGGUUACAAGAACCAAAUAGUUCGAUGUACAAGCUGUGGCAACAUUGUGUGGCAACCUAAAGGUAAAGGGGAUUUCUUUACAAGAGGUGGUAGAAAUAACUCAGCAUCAAAGUCAGACCCUAACAUCAUUGAUGUUGACUUUGAGGAGAAAUGA